UGCAAGUAUACCUCGCACUUCUUGAUAGCAAAACAGUAGUCCUAGAGAAGUGCGCAAGGUAUAUCGAGUUGGGUUGUUUGAUGGCUAUAUGCCGAUCCAUUCUCAUAAACUCGCCAAUUCCUCGUCGCCAUUUGCAGCCGAUAAUCGCCAAUUCCACUUUCUCUCCCCCUCCGAGGUUCUCCAAAUUUACAGCCUUGCCACUCCUCCGCCAUAAACGCUCUCUACCUCCCUUCGCCUCACUCUCCAUGGAAACUCCUCCCCAGGGUUAUCGUAGAAACGUAGGCAUUUGCCUCAUGAACCCUUCUGACAAAAAGAUUUUUGUUGCUUCGAGGCUUGAUAUACCUAAUGCUUGGCAAAUGCCUCAGGGUGGUGUUGAUGAUAAUGAAGAUCCUAGAAAUGCUGCCAUCAGAGAACUAAGAGAAGAAACUGGAGUUACUUCUGCAGAAAUUAUUGCUGAGGCGCCAUACUGGUUGACAUAUGAUUUCCCACCUGAUGUCAGGGAAAAACUUAAGCGUCAAUGGGGAUCUGACUGGAAAGGUCAAGCGCAGAAGUGGUUCCUCUUUAAGUUUACUGGAAAGGAUGAGGAAAUCAACCUUUUGGGCGAUGGGACCGAGAAGCCUGAAUUCGGAGAGUGGUCUUGGAUGUCACCAGAACAAGUUGUCAAUCAUGCAGUGGAUUUCAAGAAGCCGGUUUACAAGGAAGUUGUGUCUGCUUUCACUCCAUUUCUUCAAUAGGCUGCGGUUAUGACAAUUCUGCAUUGUCUCAAGGGUCCUUUGCCAGAGAGUAGAAUGUGUUAUAUGAACAGAUGGACUGAAGAGUGAACACUCCUAUAGGACAUCCAAAGAUAAGUGUUGAGGAACAACCCAUUUCAAGUCUAUAUUGGGGGGUGUAUUUAAUCAAGACUUAUAUCAAUUUUAUAGAUUUUAAAUGACUUUCAUAAAAUAUCUUUAACUUUUAAAACUC